UGGCCGUCCUGGGCCCCCGUCCAUUGUCAAAGGCAGUGGCGGCGAUCGGUCUUCAUUCACUUUUGCCGGAAUUAAAAACCUUUUUUUCUUAUAUUUUUUUGCAAAGCUGACCCUAAUGACAUUCUACAAAUGAAUGUGGAGGCCGACAUCGUUCCGUGUGCGGCGGCAGGGGGUGUGUGAUGAUGGCAUCUGGAGCGAAGCGUGGAAAAGGAAGGACGAGACAAACCUUGAAAUCUGUGCCAAUUUCAGAAACAGAGAAAUGCAAGUUUCCCCGUCUUACUAUUGCCAAGGAUGACAAGAUUAUGAAGAUUUCUCAUUCUCCAUAUGAAGACAAACUCAACUUAAAGGAAAAAAAGCGUAAAACAAUCAAAGGUUUGAAUAUAAUCAAGGGUUCACCAUCUUCCCUGGUGCAACCUACAUUGGGAAAAACAUAUAGAGUGGUGAAAUUGAAGCACGGUCCAUACAGAGACCACAUUGAAGGAGCGUGCCUGGAGCCCGUGUUAGAGCUGAAGAAUUCACCUGUUCAGGAGACUGAUUUCGACUCGGACUGGUCGAUGGCUGAAAAAGAGAACGAGAUCUCCCACGCGUCGGCCAGCAGUGGCGGCAGCAGUGGUGAAGGGCGUACGUUUGCGCCCCAUGACGGGCUGGCUAACAACGUCGCGGAUGGGCACUUGUGGCCUGUAAUUGGUAGAGCGUGCCUGUCGGAUGUGACAGCUGAGAGAAGCAGAGCAUUGGAGCAAUAUAUCAUUGAAGAGAUAACUCAGGAACAUGAAGACAUGAUGCAGGUUCUCUCUGACUACCAGCUCAAACUAGAUGCAGCUUUAACCUUCUGGAAACGCAACCCUGCUGACUUGGUCUCUUAUCUCUUUAGGGUACGUGACUUGAGCGUAGCUGCUAAUUGCAUCGGAAUCAUAACGAAAAGCCUGAAAGAGAACAGAGAACUACAGCCGCUGGGAGCCUGUGUGGAGCUGUUACCACUGAUUGACGCCCUUCUCAACAGCAGAUAUGAACACUACAACCUCACUGCCCUGGAGUGGCUCGAGGCUGUCCUUAAGCAGUGGAAGACAGUGCUGUCUGUAGAUACCAAUGUGAGGGACAACCAAGUGUAUUUUGAUGAAAGGAAUGCCUUGCACUUGCGAGAGUGGCUCCACACGAUGACAGAACAAGUGGAUAAACUUGCUUCCUUACCUGGUGACACGGGCAAGGCAGCCAAGGAAAUAUUUACUUCUCUAAAAGAAGAGCUCUGAAAAUGUUGCACAGGUAAAGGGCCACCUUAGACCACACUACUGGUGAGCCUGAAUUUUAUGAGCAGUAUACUGAGCUUUCAAGACUUAUUUUUAGAUCCUGCAAUCAAAAAUAAUUUUUAAUUUUCAGAGUGCUUGAGUCUCAACCACUGGAUAAGUUACGGGUGGCCUGAGAGAGAGUCAGGGUUCAAGUUACGUGGCUGUCCACCGACAGAAAAUUUACCUGUGUCCAAAUUUAUAAUGCUAAAACAAGCCAUCACAAGCACUUAACUGCUUCAUAUUGAAGUGUUUAAUGCAAAAAACCACGUUUACUGUAUUGUUUAAAAAUUACAUUCGCUGUACAACCUGUUUUUUAGUUCGCACUUUUUCUCAUAAUCGUUACUUGUUUAGGCUUAUCUAAAUCCAUGCUCCAGUAUCAUUACAUUCCAGUGUGGUGUUUGAACAUGACUGUGUGGUUGGAUGUGUGUUUCUUCAUAAUGUAAGGCCCUUUUUCUUGAUCCACAUGCAAGCAAAGUUGCACCAGUAGGAUGGAUAUGGAGACUUGGUACAGUGUAUGCUCUUUGUCAAUAUAAAUAAAAUCAGCCAAACUUACAUUUUUAUUUAUUAUUUGCUCUUAUUGUAAAUGAUUCCUGUUUGAAGACUGGUUCUAGUUUUCUCUUUACAUUGCCAUAUUUGAACUUUGCUUCCCAAGAACUACUAAAAAGUGUUUCUAGACAGACAAAAUUAGCUUUUUGAAACUAGUAACAAUAUAAAUGGUACCUGUUGGAAUAUAUUUCUUACUGCAUUGAUGUGUAGGUGUUGUGCAUGGUAGUGAAGUGUAAAUGUUUCUUAAUAAUUAAUAAAAUAUUUUGUGAAUGUUGAAUUA